GUAAUGUAGAUAAAUGUGAGGAUUUUCUCUAAAUCCCUCUUCUGUUUGCUAAAUCUCACUGUCACUGCUAAAAUCAGAGCAGAUAGAGCCUGCGCAAUGGAAUAAAGUCCUCAAUAUUGAAAUGUGACAUUGCUCUCAACAUCUCACAUCUCUCUGGAUUUCUUUUUUCUCAUCAUUACUGCUAACAAAUUCAUUUCCAGACUUUGCACUUUUAAGAAGCAAUGGAAAAAAUCAACAGUCUUUCAACACAAUUAGUUAAGUGCUGCUUGUGUGAUUUCUUGAAGCUUUCUGAGGCAGUGUGCUAAACAGCUUUCUGCUUUACCUCCUCAGAACUGGGAACCAUCUUAAACUGCAGGUGAAGAUGCACACUGUGUCCUACACCCAUUUCUUCUACCUUGGGCUGUGUUUGCUUACCUUAACCAGUUCUGUUGCUGCUGGCCCAGAAACACUCUGUGGUGCUGAGCUGGUUGAUGCUCUUCAGUUCGUGUGUGGAGACAGAGGCUUUUACUUCAGUAAGCCUACAGGGUAUGGAUCCAGCAGUAGACGCUUACACCACAAGGGAAUAGUGGAUGAAUGCUGCUUCCAGAGUUGUGACCUGAGGAGGCUGGAGAUGUACUGUGCUCCAAUAAAGCCACCUAAAUCUGCACGGUCUGUACGCGCUCAGCGCCACACCGAUAUGCCAAAAGCACAAAAGGAAGUGCAUUUGAAGAAUACAAGUAGAGGGAACACAGGAAACAGAAACUACAGAAUGUAAGAACAUGCCAUCCACAAGAAUGAAGAAUGAAUGUGCCAUCUGCAGGAUACUUUGCUGUAAAUAAAUUAUUUGUUAAACAUUGGAAGACUUAAAAAAACCUUUGUUUUAAAAAGCUUGAUGCAAUCUCAACCAAUGGGCAUUCUCCCAGUGAACAAUGCAACUAAACAUUCCAAUAUUAAGUCUUUAGAGAACAGAACAUUUUAACCAGCCCAGAGCUAAAAUUUCUGUGGUUGAUAUAUUACUGUUUGUUAACCUUUUUUAAAUGUCCUGCACAAAAACUCUUAAAGUCCUGUGCCCCUCAAAUGCCUACAAAUUUAUGGGCCUUUGACGGAUCCAAUUGCACUAAAUUAACCUAUGAA